AUGGCGGGGUGCGGGGCCGCGGAGCGCGUGUUCCCCGCUCUGCCCCGCCUGCAGCCGCUUUCCACGGCCCGGCGCCCACCCGCGCCGUGGUUCAAGGACGUCCAGGCUGCCCCCGGGACGGCUGUGGGCUGGCAGCGGGGCACGUGCCGGAGGCCGCGCGGGCGGCGGUUGAGCGCGCGGCGGUUGGUGCCACCUACCGACACGGACGCGUCGCAGCAGCCCGUCCCCGUCAGUGCCGACACCUUCCCCGCCAGGCUGCGGCGGCUGGUCAACAGCCCGCGCUGCCGCUCCGUUCGCUGGGGUGCCUCCGGCCGGGGGCUGGUCAUCAACCAGCCGCGCUGUGAGUGCGAGCUGCUGGGCGCCGGGCCGGCCGUCGCCGCGCAGCCGGGUGGCCGUGGGGCAGCGGCAGCCGCCGGUUUCUUCAAGAACUUCAGCAGCUUCAUCCGGCAGCUCAGUCUCUAUGGCUUCCGCAAGGUGGGGAUGUUGCCGGGGAGCAGUGUGGUGGGGGGGCCGGGCCCAGAGGGUGGACAAGGCAACGGUGGCAACUGCACUGGGCCCCUGCAUCACUUCCGCAGCCCCCACUUUUGCCGCGACCACCCCGACCUCCUUGUCCACCUGAAGCGCCUGACGACGGGCAACAAGGCGAAGAUGGCAGCGGGCCUGGAUGUGACCAGCCGCCCACCCAACCGCUUCCAGCGCUUGCCUGGCACGCCACUGAACGGGCAGCCGCUGCCUCCACCCUCGACGCUUAGCAGGCCUGCUGAUACAGCAACGUGUUGGUUCAGUGCAGUGAUCGGAGGAGACUUUAAUAGCCUUUUUGUGGCUGGCUCUUGGACCCGGGUGAUGCACCCCAUGGGUGCAGAGCUGUAA